AUGGCAAAUCUUCCUCAAUCUCUCUCGAUGAACGCUCCGUUCGGAGGCCCUAGCACUUCUAAUCCAGCUGCAGCUGCAGCUGCGGCAGCGGCAGCCGCCGCCGCCGCGGGAGCUCCGGGAAACAAAGACCGGAAGAUGGCAUCAGCAGAGCACUUGGUUCUUGACCUAAGCAAUCCCGAUCUUCGGGAAAACGCCCUUCUUGAACUCUCUAAGUUGAGGAAGAAAAAGGCUGCCCCCGGAACUAGUGAAACUGAGAAUUCAAGGCAUAUUCAAACUUUACGUGCAAUAGAACAUUUUAUAACUAAACAGGAUAACAAGGAUUUAUUUCAAGAAUUGGCUCCUUUCGUGUGGAAUUCUUUUGGUACUAUUGCUGCACUCAUACAGAAGAGAGAAUUAUUUCAAGAUUUGGCUCCAUUGUUGUGGAAUUCUUUUGGUACUAUUGCUGCACUGUUACAGGAGAUUGUUUCAAUAUAUCCUGUUUUAUCACCACCCAACUUAAGUCCUGCACAAUCAAAUCGAGUUUGCAAUGCUCUAGCACUUCUUCAGUGUGUAGCUUCACAUCCAGACACGAGGAUGUUGUUCCUCAAUGCUCAUAUACCUUUAUAUCUAUACCCUUUCCUGAAUACAACUAGCAAAUCAAGGCCUUUUGAGUACCUGAGGCUCACUAGUUUAGGUGUCAUCGGUGCCCUAGUGAAGGUUGAUGACACAGAAGUUAUUAGUUUCCUUCUUUCAACUGAGAUUAUUCCGCUAUGUCUGCGUACUAUGGAGAUGGGAAGUGAAUUGUCAAAAACAGUUGCCACAUUUAUAGUGCAAAAGAUUUUAUUGGAUGAUGUAGGCCUGGAUUAUAUUUGCACUACAGCAGAACGGUUUUUUGCAGUGGGCCGAGUUUUGGGGAACAUGGUUGCAGCACUUGCUGAACAACCCUCAUCACGGGCUUGUGAUGCAUUACGAAGUUGCCUGCCAGACAUGCUUAGAGAUGCCACCUUCAGUAGCUGUUUACGUGAAGAUCCAACAACAAGGCGAUGGCUGCAACAGUUGCUUCACAAUGUGGGAGGGAAUCGGGUUCCAGGACUUCAGGCUGGGGGGAUUUGA